UAUUUCAUACACCUAACUGAUGCUGGUGCUGCUGGGGGUUUUCUAGCCUAUUGGAUUGUCUGACAGUGGCCUAACAUUCAGUAGCAAUUGGUUAGGCGACGUCUUCGAAUAGUAAAGCAGAACAGAACUUAAACAACAUAUGAGACCAUAAUGAAGCCGACUAUGGUACCAAAACGUGAGGUGUCGGGAGCCUCGAAUAUAGGUCAAGAAGAAUCCCGCAAACCUUUGCUAAAGGCCUAUAUGUUCCAGCGUCGUGUGUUAUUUUGCUGCAGUUGUUUAAUGGUAUUAUCGCUGCUCACCUGGAUUAUCGCCAUUGCUACAGAUCAUUGGAUUAUUAUAUCGGGAUCUGGUGGCAUUUUCAUACCCGAAACCAGACGCUUCUUUAUGUCCUCCCAUUCAGGUUUAUGGAGAUUUUGCCGUAACACUGUUAUACCCUCACCCCUUAAAGAUGCCGAUGUUGUACGAAAUUUCACCUCUUUCGCCAUACAAAAUCCCACAACAAUACGUGAAGCUCAAAGGAACUGUUCCCGCUUGGAUUUCAUUAGCGAAUAUAGCAAGGCGGAGGUCCAUUUUCCAUUGGAAAAUUUCACAGAAGAAGCCAGACAGCGUAUGUUCGCUCAUUGGGUGCUGGAUGAUCGUGCUUCCUUUAAUAAAUUUAAAGAUGAAUUUUAUCGUUUGGUAUUGUCAACCAAAGAAGCUCGCGAUGAACUAAUAGCCAUUGAUGCAAAACCACGAAUUAUUGAUCCCGUCGAUGUAAAGGGUAUAAUAAGUAAGAAUAUAUUCGGCAAGGCUCUACAAACGGUUGUGGUGAAUGCAACGAAUUAUUAUUUUGUUAUACCUGAAACGGCACAAAUGGCCAUGUUUAAGGGUUGGAAUGAGCGGGCCUAUGUACCGCGUUUGUUUUGGCCAUAUGCAAAAGAAUUGGGUCUACCGGCAUAUGUGUUAGAUGAUGAACAUGUGAUAUUGCAAUUGGUGCCGCCGAAGCCACCCAAAAAUGGCAAACAAACGAAAUAUUACAAAUAUGAAGUGAAUAGCCGCUGUAAAUAUAUUGAUAUGUUCCCUAGUGCUGGAGAACGCAUGGAUCCCGGUUUUGAUUGGACUUUGAUGGAUUACAUUCGCUCACAAGCCUCAUUUGCCUGCAUAACAGUCUUUGUAAUGAUAUUGGGUUCCGUAUUCUCAUUUUAUACAUUUCAAAAUCCACGUUAUAUGUUUAAACGUUUGGCUGGUGGUAUUGAUUUGGUGGCAGCAUCUACCGCUAUGGUUGUGUUGCAAGUUUUAUUUGCCUCUGUUGACUAUACAAAAGAACAUUUGUUCUACAGUUAUCCAGAUGGUGCUGAAUUAACUUAUGGUUACGGUGUAUUCUUUGCCUGGUUUACAUUUGGUGUUAAUCUAGUAUCUGGUUUCUUGUUCAUAUGGUAUUCGGGCAAGAAGAAGGGCUCCAAAGCACCAACCGAUGAAAUUGCAGCAGCAGAUGAAAUGACAAUUAUGGGCAGAUAA